AGGCGAUGAAGACGCUUCCUAACUACCACCCGCCUGCCGAUUAUAGGCGGCCUACUAAGACACAGGAGAAGGUCUAUGUUCCGGUCAAUGACUACCCGGAGAUUAACUUCAGUACGAAACUAACCCCUCUAACUUUCCUUUCUAACUCCCCCCUCAUCCUAGCCUUUGUCUUGACAGCUUGCUCAGCCUGCUCGGUGCUCAUACGCAUCCGGCAAUACCUGCAGUAUAGCUAUGUCACUAACCCUAUCCGUCCUAUUGCUCACACAAUUUUUUGAUCAAAGACUAACCACAGCUUUUUGCACUAACAGUUGGUUUGCUUAUUGGCCCUCGUGGAAACACUCUGAAGAAGAUGGAGUCUGAGUCCGGCGCGAAGAUUGCGAUUCGUGGCAAAGGCUCUGUCAAGGAGGGUAAAGGACGCUCUGACGCAGCUCACACCAGCA